CAUGCACUCAGUGUCGCAUUGCUGACAUACCCAUACUCAUACAUCCUGCGGAACCCGAAUGAAAUCUCUUCGGCUUACGGCUGGCACUUUCAAUUCCUCACCAUCUUAACGCUGACUAUUGCUUAUAUUCAAUUCAUGCUCGCGUGCCUGCAUGAUCUGACUGGCAACGAGACAAUCCUUGAACUGAAGCAGAUCCUCCUGCUGAUUGCAGGACCCGUUGAGCUCCUCAUCAGUGUCCUUUGGUGGGGCCUGAAGCUGGUCGACCCAACCUUACUCAUCCCCGAGGAACUCCUCAAGGUCUUUCCUCUCUCAGCAGAUCUCAGUAUGCAUGCGAACCCAGCCAUUCUUCUACUCAUUGAAAUCUUUUUCGUUAGUGAUGCUCUUGAGCAUUCAACAACAACCGCUGCAGCCAUCUAUGCGGCAUAUGGAACAGGCUACCUCGUAUGGCUUGAACACUGUGCCAAGAUGAAUGGAUUCUACGCAUACCCAAUGUUGGGACUCAUGACGCAAGGUCAGCGUAUUGCAACGUUCGCAGGGGCGACUGCAUUCGCGUUUGCUUCACUCUUAGUUGUGAAGCAAGUGUAU